UCCUAGGAAUGAAAGCAGACGUGGUGGAAUAGAAAUAGGAAACUGUAGAAUAUAGACGACGUGUUAAUCAAGAAUUAUAUUUUGGGGUUUCCUCAUGAAAUAUGGAAACUACCUUUCAAUAAUUAUUAAAUAUUAAAUAAAAAACAAGAAAAAUUCCCAUUUGAAUUGAGUUUCCUUAACCGCCUCCUCCUUCCUUCUCUAUAAAACUCAAUCACAACCCCGACCUUCACUCUCAUAUUAGGAUCUCCGAAAAACCCAAGUCACAGAAGAUAUGGUGGCCCCUCAAAGAAGAAGCUUAGAACUCAUACCUAAUGAGGGCACUCGGAAGAUGACCUUUCGGAAGCGAAAGAAGAGUAUAUAUAAAAAGGCCGACGAGCUUUCGAAGCUUUGUGAUAUUGAUGUUUGCUUGAUCGUCUAUGAAGCCGAUCAAAAGAAGGGGAGGGCAGUUCAACCGGAGACGUGGCCGCGAGAUCCAACUCAAUUCAAACGCAUUCUCAACAAGUACAAGGAUUCUAAGGAUAUGCCUGCCCCCGGUUUGAAGAGAAACUUUGAUAUGUCCGAUUUUUAUGAGGACAAGAAAGAUCACAUGGAUAACGAUGAUGAAAAGUUUCAAAAUUUAGGGAAGAACCCGACAAAGUUUCAAAAUUUAGGGAAGAAGAUUUCUGAGGAGGAGUACCCGACAUGGAAUGAUCGAAUAGAUGAUUUUUCGCAGGACGAAUUGACUAAGCUCAUUGCUUCACUCGAAUCUAAGAUACAAGUUGCAACCAAGAAGAUUGAUUCUAUGGAAAGAUAUAUGGGGUUUGCUAAGACACAAAAUCAAAGUUUGGUCCGGGAAGAGACUAAUCAUGAUGAGCAACCGGCCUAUCAAGUCCCUGCUUUGAUGUCUCCUCCAUCACUUGUGCAUUAUCCAAUGUUGCCAAGUGCAUGGGUUUCGAGAUCAGAAUAGGAGAAGAGCUAAUGACAACUUGACAACCUCAGUUCGAUUUUGAUCCUUCGCAAUCGAAUUUCUAGUAUUGUUUAUUUCAAUUUUGAUGUACCUUUUGGCUAGGGAUAAUAUAGCCCUAUAAUUUUUGUUCACCUUCGUCAAGGUCUCAUAUUUAAGGCCAGAGCAUAGCAAUUAUUUCAUAUUUCUAUUCAAUCCAAUUCUGAGGUCCAUAAAAAUAUAUGGACCUCAGAAUGAUGAAGCUAAGAUUAUUCUCUGAGUUGGUAUGAUUAAAUAACGAAACACAUCGGUGGUAAUCACUUCAUGUAUAUUUAUUUAUUAACUGUAUUAAUGAUUGUGUGGAUAUUAGAGAACGUUUUUUCAACGUUAACUUAGUUUGGUGGAAUGAGUUGAGGCUCAUCAUCUGAUGAUUGGGAAGAUAAUAUACAGGUGGGGACUCAGAACCGACGCCAAUCCAUAAAGCUUGUUUUCCUGCUGCUGCUCAUCAAGGGAAGGUUGGUUAAGGUUGUUGUGUAUG